UUUUUCGCGCACGCAUAUGUCAAACACAACAAGAAAACAUCCUUUUCGAUUCGAGGAAACAUCGGACUUUUUCAGACUGCUGAAAUUAAAAUUGUGCUGGAAUAAUUAAUCAAUUUAAGCGAAUUUAUAGUACAGUAAAGCGGAAACUUUAUCAAUCCUCAGUAUGUGAGAAGGUAACUUUAAAAAAUCAGGUUGUGAACUGAACAUAAACAAGCACAAGCGAAAAAAUUGUGUAUGGAUGCGUUCACGAUGUCUACUCCCGGGACAUCUGCCGUGGGGCUACCGAAGGUUUCCCGGACCCCACACCGAGCUCAAGAGCGCAGACUGGCCGUGUACUACAUCUUUGUGUACAUAUUUUGUCUGCAAAUCAUUACGACUAACACGCGGACUUCCACUAUGUGGAAGUUAAAUGUCGAGCAAGGAAAAAUUGUGAGUGUCCCGACUUCAACCGGAGGAACGGAUACGAAGCUCGCGAGAGAUGGUGGGCUGCCGCUGGAUGAUCAUAACAACGGUGGAGGAUCUUUAUUUCAUCCGUCCGACGACGACGGGGAUGAAGAAUCGACAUUUACCAUUAUUACAACCACGGCUGCCAACUAUCGGCACAACACCUGGAAUCGUGGUUCCGGCACGACGGAAGAACUGUUGCAGCAUCUGGGAAAUGACCCAACUGCUUCACAUCUGGCUUAUUAUUCCGCCUUGCAUAAUAAUUUUGAUAGAAAGAACCUUAGCGGCAAGGCGAAAUCCGAUAACGGUCCAUAUAACGCAUCGCCGAUUCAUCCGCCGAAGGCAGCUCAGUCCAACCAGGCAGGUUUAGAUUUGCUCACUUGUGGAGAGCCCGUCAAUUUUACCCACUACGAUGAUCUGGUUGGUGUGGCCCAAAGGUACGAGCACAAUCCCGCUCCGGAGCCAGAGGUGGCGUAUCUGUUUUUGAAACGCAAAGCCGGCCAAUCGUUGGAACACUUCAACAUCGAUGCGCUCGAGCGGCGAUUGAGACGGUCCAAGAAGGAACAACCGCACACGAUUCAUCUGUGGAAUCAGAUAGGAAAUUUUUGGCGCAUCAAGGGAAACGCCGGCCACGCAAUCGAGUGUUUCCGGCGAGCGCUUUCCGUAUCGCCGACAAAUGCGGACACCUUGCUUAAUUUAGCACGGGUACUGUUCAACUUGCAGUACCUAGACGAUGCUAUAAGUCUUACUAAAAGGUCUCUAGAAGUUCAUCCGCCAGAAAGGAGCGCGUGGAGACAAUAUUUUACACUCGGAGAGAUAUUCAAAGCUUAUGGCCAACUUUCGGAUUCUAUCUUACACCUGAAACAAGCCCUAGCCUUGCAUCCGAACUAUGAGCCGAUCAGACGGCUGAUUGCUGAAGCGGAAAAAAUUGAAUUUUCAUCCAACACUACGCGAAUGCAGUUUUACACUGGACUGAUUAUCAUAGUUUUGUCUUUGAUAGUGCUGGCGAUGGUCACGGUUAUGCUCAAAAACCGAUCCACCGGUUUUGGAUACGGCCUGUACGGUUCCGAUGCAAGCGAAACAGGCGACGGCAACAACAACAACAGCAACCAGCACAACGGACUGGUGCCGAUCAUGAACGGAUUUUCGUUGGGUAGCUUUCGCCCAGCCAAACAUUUCAAUCGGGCUCAAGCGAUGAGGUCCCUUCGUAGCGUCGCUUUCCGCUCAUUCCGGCCGUUUCGCUAUCGCAAGUAGAGGAAUUUUAUUUGAGAAUCUUCAAAUCAUAACUUUAGCAUUAACAGUAAACAACUUAUAUACUUAACAGACAGAGUUACACGUUUGAAACGGUAUUUGAUUAGCGAUUAGGAAGCUGCUAUCGAAACUAUUUAUUGAUUUACUUAAAGCAAAAGUUCAAUGUGAGAAACCGAGAUUAGCUUACCGGACAUGAAAGGGAAAAAAAGCAUUAAAUUAAAGCCCAAUGAGUGGCAAUUUCAGUCAGGAAGUACUAUCCCAGUCAGUCAAGAAAGGCAUGAGAAAAAAACCAGUCAGCAACUUACAUACCGCAACAAAAUACUCUCUUUUUACUAAGUUGUUGCUUUAAGUUAAAACUUUAAACUUACUAGUUCUAGAGUUCGAUUUAAACCUCUUAACCCCAAGAGUUCGUUUCUCUAGGAAGAGUGAACAAACACGCGAGAAUUAUAUCUACUAAAUUACGAAUUUCGAAGCACAAAUAUUUGACUGAAGAUUGAACGCCGGCGGUGAGACUUCAGUUCAUUUAGGUUUUUAAGGAUAGGUUUAUAUUUGGAACGAUUUCCACGCACCAAAUUUAGCCAUUGGGUGGUAUGAAAAAAACCUAGUAACUGCUUUUGCUAAACUGAAUCGAGCAGUCGAGCAGUCGCUUAUAGCAAUUGCUUCGGUUGUUAUGAAUAAAGUUUUUUUGACAGCUGUUUUCUCAGUCAGAAGCUUUUAUUUUUAGAACAAGCUAGUUUGGUAUGAAUAAAGCUCAAAUCUGAAGCAAUUGCUCGACCAAUCUCCUAGCAAUAGCUUUAUUUUCUAAGCAUGCUCGGUAGCAGACUUUCCCAAUAAAAAAUUCUUUAAUUACGUCAUGAAUUUAUCAAAUUAGCAAUAUUUCACUUCAAAACAAUCCAAAAAGGCAUUUUCAACAUGGAUAAAGAAAGUCGAAGUGAUUAACCCAACUUUUUUCAUAUUUCUGUCGUUGUAUAAAAUCAUUCGUCUAAGAUGAAAAUAAACAAAUCAAUUAGUAAAUAUUUCAAAUAAAAAAAAAUCCGGCUAUCGUGGAAGAAGUCCCAAUUGGAUCAAAGUUAGAAAUAAAUUGUAAUAAUUUAAAACAUUAUACAGAUAUCUCAUUUUUAUAUAUUUUUUUAUAAUUCUAAGAUUUACAAAAAAAAUCUAAAUUAAAAGCGGGCCUAUUGCCUAUUAUUUUAAACAUCGGAUUAUCCCGAUCCAAAUACACGUGGGAGAGCUUAUGAUAAAUAUUAAAGUUAGGCCAUUUUUUGUUUGACAAUAUUCGAAUAUGUAUGUAUUCAUUUUUCUUUAAACAUCAACAUACAAGCACGCAUUAACAAAAAAAUUCCGGUCGUUCUCACACCCACCACCCGCUUCGUCGACUUCAAGCCUACUCUAGUCGUACUUUUCAAUUUUCUGACCGUCUUCUUUCAUUUUACUAUAGAAAACUUCAGAUUCUGCUGGUUGGAUAGCUCUAUUUUUCGAAGCAAAAGCUAUGUUCUAAGACUUUAGUACACAUCCGCUAAGCAAAUGUUUAUUCAUACCAAACUAAGCAAAUGCUUUGGACUUUUGCUUUGAUUGAUUUCGAGCUAAGUAAAAGCUACCGAAGCAAUUGCUAAACCUUAUUCAUACCACUAAUUGUUUGACAAAAGCAAGCUCUAACUUUUUUGGAACAGUUAUUUUUUUUUUUUUUUUUUUUUGGGAACUUCUACUCAACUUCUAAUAAGUAUAUACGAAGACCGAAUAAUGUUCCUCUUUUCUUUAUUAUGUUCCAUUGAUCUGGAAAACUAAUCCAAACAGUUGAACCAAAAAGCUACAUAUUGGGCGUGGAAUUCGAUAAAAAAAACGUAUUGGAUUAUUUUUUAAUUCAUAACUGCUAACAAUUUUGGCCAAAUAUUUUUUUAUCUAACGAUAAACUUUGAGUUGAUUAAAACAAGAAAAAAGAUUGUGAUAAGCCUUUUUUGCUGUUUAGAAUUUAGUAUCGCUCGCUCGGGAGUAAUCUCGUAAUCCAUUUUUUACAAACUAAAUGAUUUGUUUUAAAAAUCUCAUUCUAUGAUAAGUAGAGCGUUUCACAUACGAACCAAGUAAUAAACCAGGUGCGUCACUUACCACCAGGUGUUGCGGAGAUAUUUCAAAGAAGCAGUAUCUUCAACGCACCUGCGUUACGUUAGUGAUCCUAUGGAAUGUCAUCAAAGUGAAAUGUAAGCAUUAUGUAUUAGUCAGACAGAAAAAAAGAACUUAACGGUUUUAACAACUGAGACAGAAAAGCUGGUUGUAUGUCAUAACGGUGGAGGAAUGCUGAUAUACGUAUCUGAAAAGUAGCAUCAGUAUUACUUACUUUUAUUACUGGCAAGCUAAAAACGCUCAGUAAAACCACAAUUAUCACACGGAAUGAAUGUUAGAUCUUAACAGAAAGCAUAUGAAAAAGAAAGAAUAAAUGCUACUUUCGGUAGAAAUAAAGCAAGCGUUAAAUAAACAAGAAACAGCUUAUUAUUCAAAAGCAAGUA